AUGCAAAGCUAUUGGAAGAGACCGGGUAGUCCUGUUGACAACAAUGUAGUCUUCCCAAUUUUAAAGAGCUUGCAAAAAGUGCUCGAGGAAGCAAGUUUGGAAGCCUUGAUGAGUUUUCCUGUCAUCCACUGCCCACAAGCAUUUGGUGUUGUCUUGAGGGCUUUAGAGAGAUUGAAUAGUGUUGGAAAAGUGAUUCCAGGUUGGAAGAUUGUAUACUCAGGUGAUACCAGGCCCUGCCCGGAACUUACAGAAGCAUCUCGUGGUGCAACAGUUCUUAUACAUGAGGCAACUUUCGAGGAUGGCAUGGUAGACGAGGCUAUAGCACGAAACCACAGCACAACUAAGGAAGCCAUAGAAGUUGGGAACUCUGCGGGUGUUUUUCGCAUAAUCCUUACCCACUUCAGCCAGCGAUAUCCAAAAAUACCAGUAUUUGAUGAGACACACAUGCAUAAGACGUGCAUCGGAUUUGACAUGAUGAGUAUUAACAUAGCCGAUUUCCCCGAGCUUCCAAAAAUACUCCCAUAUUUGAAACUGCUUUUUAGAAACGAGAUGAUAAUUGAUGAAUCUGAUGAGGUUGUAGAUGCUGCUGCAAGUGUAGCUUCUUGAUAGGAAAUUAAGUCAUUGUUGUAAUUCCCUUUUUUAAUUAGUUAAUUUUUUUCCUUAACCGUUUGUAGUUUGAGUAAAUUAUUCAAUUUGAGAGAGCAUUGGUAAUUGCAUGUGGUC